UACACAGCAAACAUGACUACAGUGAAAGUUAUCUUUCAACUGGAAUGAGUAUCAGGUUUCAAAAUGAAUACAGGAUUCCUUACCUUGCCUUUUCUAUUUCCUUGAUUCCUGUGCUAUCAACACCCAGGAAAUGCAUUUACUCUGAGCUGAGAAAACAUGCUUAAAAGACAGAAUCCUAAGGAAAACAUUAAUACAGUGGAGAAUGAAUGACAGCUUCAAGGAAUGUCUGUCUUAGAGCACAGGUAUUCAGAAGACAGAGUUUGGGGGUCCCUCUCAGUCCCAGCAGAUGAGGGUCAUCCAUUUCUGCAGUGGUGAGACUUUGCAGGAAGAUGACAGUGCUGAGGAAGAAGAGGCUCCAUCAGAGGAGCAGGUGUUUAGGGAGCCAGAAGACAAACCCAAAAUCCCUUGGAGAGCAUUUAUAUGGUCUCUGGGAAGAAAUACAUUGCACACUUGUGAUUUUCUUGGAGGGAAACUGGCUGGUCUACUUGGCCUUAACACUGCCAAAUACCAGUAUGCUGUAGAUGAAUAUCACCGUGACAGCAAGGAAACAGGCAGAAAAGUGACUGAAUGCUCAUAUGAGGAAAGAACAGAGAUAAUUCAACUUUCUUCAAGGAUCACCAGUGAAUAUGGGGCCACUACCUUGCACAAAGCUGGUUCUCAAGCCUCAAAGAACACUGAGUGUAAAACUACAGGAUCCUGCAACCAGGGCUAUCAAGAUUGACAGGCACUUCAUCUGUCUAUAUUAAUAAAAUGUUAUAUUUUUAAACACA